AUGGAGUACCUUGACCGGUGCUAUCAGGAGGGCUUUGUCGACAACGAUACCAUCCCGUUGAUAAUGCCCACGGCGUGGGUGUUGGAGGAUGAAACAUUUAAAGGUGACAUCGCGGAAAUGAAUGAUGCGAUCGCGUCAAGUCAGGUAUCGGGCCUGAAAAUGGUGCUCACGAAGAUGCAGUCCACACCACCAGCUGCAGGUACAGAGGUGCAGCCUAUGGAUUGA